AUGAAAAGAGUGAAAAUGGUAGCGCUCAAGAAUGCGGCAACAAAUGCUGCAGCAAUUCAAGUAAAAAUGUUUUAUUUUUUCCCAAAAACAGUUUUUGGUUUUAGGAAAAGAGGCUUUAACGUUGAAUCGUUUGGGUCUGGAAGUCAGGUGAAACUACCGGGUCCUUCGCCGGAUCGGCCGAAUUGCUACGAGUUUGGAAUGGUCUCCUAUGAAUACAUUUACAAUGAUCUGAAGCAGAAGGAUUUCCAACUGUAUACGCAGAAUGGCCUGCUGCACAUGCUCGAUCGAAAUCGUAGGAUAAAAGAUAUGCCACAGAAAUUUCAACAUUUCAAAGGCAAAUUUGACGUGAUAAUUUGUUUGGAAGAAAGGGUAUAUGAUCAGGUAUGGCUUAUCAAUUUUUAG